AUGUGGCGAUGCGUAGAACGGUUGUAUUAUUUCUUCAAAUCGGUGAGCACCACAGUGCCCAAAUCCAAUUAUGAUAUCCAAGAAGGGCAACGCCGGAUUGGCGAAUGCCCACUUCAGUUCACUGUUCUUCCGAAGCUACUGGCUCAGAUGCACCGCUUAAGCAACAGCGAAUUACUAGAGUUGCAGAGGACUUGUGGCCGGAGCACGAAGUUAGACGAAACAGUGUCCGCCAAGCAACCACAUUUCAAACUAGCAUUCGCCAACGAAGCACAAAUCGGCGAUUUUCCAUGGGCUGUUCUUCUGGAAAGCCGAAUUCAAAAACCAGAGAGUUCAAGCCCGAGCAAGGAGGUAAGCACGUGUACUGGUGUGCUCAUAUCACGCUGGCAUUUCCUGUCUGCAGCGCAUUGCCUGGAAAUCAACGAUCGAGGCUUGGUAAACGUGAAUGUGAUGCGCGAUCAUCAAGUAAUGGCUGGCAGUCCUUGUGCGUACGAUGUGACCAGACUGGGCAGGCAAGAUGACUGUCGGUACAAUACGGCGCGACUAGCAAAGAAGUUGAAAACGAGGUCGUUUGUCGUCACGGAGGCAUCAAUUCGUGAUCAAAUCGUCUCGGUACUCCUAUUCUGCACUAAAUUACAAUACAGAAAGCCAGACAAAGAAGAACAGUGUGCACUAAGCAAUCAUGCCGCUUCUUUUAAAAGCAUGCCCUCUUCAACGCCUUUCAAAGCAGGACAGUACAAAUUCACAGUGCCAUUUUCGGACGUUGUUCUAUUCGAACUGGACGAACCUGUUGAUGUUUAUGACAGCUCCAUAAAGCCAAUAUGCCUGUCGUUAACCUACGACGUAUUUUUACAAACUGUUCAAGUAUUUGGUUUUGGAGUGACAGAAAAAUCAAAAAAUAAUGUGCGUUUGCAUUAUUUCACGGACCAUGUGUUGGGAGUGGCCGAGACGCUUUGCGAUACCUUCCUGAAAAUUGCCGACUGCAGCCGGAUGAUUGUGUGGCAAAGUAAUCCGGGCGAACCACGAUCCGCUUGCCACGGUGAUAGCGGCGGCGGCUUGUCGACUUUGCAAGGAGGGAGAUAUUAUUUACAAGGCCUUAUAAGUGUCGGGCAAACGUUUUGUGACAUCCGAAAGUCAAACACAGUAAUAUCUUAA